AGGUCCGCCAUUCGCGCAUACGUUAACUCCUAAGGAUCGCGCAAUUUUCCAGCUAUGAAGUUUGCCCUCGCCCUGUGCCUCCUGCUGGCCGCCAGCUGCAGCGCUAUGCUGCCCAAGCACCCAGCGGAUCUUGCGUCCAUGCUGUCCCAUCAGCAGUUCGCCAUGAGCCGCAUGAUCUCCACCUUCGACACACGUGCCGAUGACUCACUAUUGGUCAACGACUGCUUCAACAGCUACCUGGACGACCAGAGGGAAGUCAUCGUCAACUACAAUCAGAGGUACAACGGAUGCAUUAACACCGCCCAGGCCUCCAGGGACAUCGUGACAGCCGAGAGUGCCUCAGAGCGCCAGAACCUCCAGGAUCGCACCAACGCCAUGUGCACGGGCCUCACCAGCUGCGACGAACUAGUCGACGGCUUGAAGUUCUUCGAGUGCUACCGCGAUUCCUCCUCCGACAGCUACAAGACCACGUUCACCCUGAACAGUGACUCCAACCUGGACUUCAACCGCAUCAGCGCCAGUUACAGCGUGAUCGAGACUGACCUGACCGACUGCGUGGACACCGCCCGUGUGGACUAUGCCCACGAUAUGGAUACUUGCGAUGAGCAGCUCACGGUUUGCUUAGCCGGCGGAGUGGUGCCCACUGAUGCUCCAGUGACGAAUGCCCCCUCUACCGCUGCUCCAUUGACGGAUGCCCCCUCCACCGCUGCUCCAGUGACGGAUGCCCCCUCGACCGCUGCUCCAGUGACGGAUGCCCCCUCCACCGCUGCUCCAGUGACGGAUGCCCCCUCGACCGCUGCUCCAGUGACGGAUGCCCCCUCGACCGCUGCUCCAGUGACGGAUGCCCCCUCGACCGCUGCUCCAGUGACGGAUGCCCCCUCUACCGCUGCUCCCAUAACUGAUGCCCCAUCCACCGCUGCGCCAGUGACGGAUGCCCCCUCUACCGCUGCUCCCAUAACUGAUGCCCCAUCCACCGAUGAGACGGAAGCUCCAAUCAGCACCGUCGUUCCCACUAACGUUCCAGUCACCGAAGAGUCCCCGAACGCACCGGAGGAGGAUCUCAGCAGGGCCUUGCCCAAGGCUCACCAGGGAGCUUGGAGCCUCUUUAAGCGCUUCUUCUAGGGUUGUGAUCUGCUCCAUCGAGGCAUAAUUAAUGAAUUGUGCCCAUGAGAAAACUGAAGGCAGAAAAAAGGCCUAAAUAAAGCACUUGCUCAAAAUGUA